AUGGAUUCUACACAAAAUAAAUUCUACCACAUUCACGGACUUGAUUCUCGAAGUCUCCUUGACUUCUACUUCUCUGACAAGGAGGACAUGGUCUUCGGAGAAGAUACUUUGAGAUUCCCAAUGAUGAAUCUUCACUGUGUGUUCAGCAGAGGUAUUGACCAAACUCAGGACAAAGAACUGAACCUAAAAGCGUCCAUCAAGCAUAUUGUGACGUGUAACCUCGAAGAAGAGAAUCUAGCCCACCCGCUGGUGUUGCCGCUUGCCGACUGCGUCAUCAGUGCAGCGUUAUUGGACGUCGUCAGUAAAGAUGAGGAGGAUUACAUGAGGAACCUGGAAAAAGUCUCAAACCUGCUGAGAAUCGGAGGUCACCUGAUCCUGAUCGGGUUACUAAACACAACUUACAUGACGGCCGGAGCGGAUCGGUUCCAUAUGAUGAAAUACGAUGAGAGCUUUGUAAGAUCCGCUCUCAGCAAGCUGGGCUUUGUCAUCGAUUACUGCGCCGUGCAGAGGAGACGGAAUGUGAGCGAUCUCGUAGAUUAUUCUCAUAUUUAUUUCAUCACAGCUCACAAGGAGAAUGACCAAACUCAGGACAAAGAACUGAACCUAAAAGCGUCCAUCAAGCACAAUGUGACGUGUAACCUCGAAGAAGAGAAUCUAGCCCACCCGCUGGUGUUGCCGCUUGCCGACUGCGUCAUCAGUGCAGCGUUAUUGGACGUCGUCAGUAAAGAUGAGGAGGAUUACAUGAGGAACCUGGAAAAAGUCUCAAACCUGCUGAGAAUCGGAGGUCACCUGAUCCUGAUCGGGUUACUAAACACAACUUACAUGACGGCCGGAGCGGAUCGGUUCCAUAUGAUGAAAUACGAUGAGAGCUUUGUAAGAUCCGCUCUCAGCAAGCUGGGCUUUGUCAUCGAUUACUGCGCCGUGCAGAGGAGACGGAAUGUGAGCGAUCUCGUAAAUUAUUCUCAUAUUUAUUUCAUCGCAGCUCACAAGGAGAAGUAA